AUGACCAAGCGCUCUCAUAAAUCCGCCAUUGACACCACGUCACGGAGUCCGGAUCAGCACGCCACAGAAACCAGCCACAAAAAUCCUUCACCACAAGGUGACAGCAAUCAAGGAAAGGCAGCUAGCGAGGACGGUCAAGAUGGGGGUGACUUCAAACGUCCCAGGACGUUCAUGGCGACAUUAGCUUGUGACACUUGCCGUAUAAAGAAAACACGAUGUGAUGAAGACCGACCGAAAUGCGGCCAAUGUAAAUCUCGAGGGCUGAGUACGCCAUGCGUGUAUCCCGAGCCUCGAGUGACGAAAAAGGAUCAAUCUAUGAGCGUCGCCAUCAACGCCAUCCGGCGAUUAGAAUCCAAGAUCGAAGACUUGACCAGCUAUAUACACAGUUCUCCCAAGGCUACUUUGAUUACUCAGGUUGUUGACCAAACCUCGCCACAAUCCGUAACUUCGGCAACGCUGCCAGCGCGAAGCAAUAGUCUUUUGGUUCAUGAUGCUCACGAGACUAUCAAUGACCUAGACGAACUUUCUCCGGGCACCAAUGACGAAGGGCAUCCUCUAGUGCGACGCUCUUCUCUCGUUGGAAGUCUAUUACCAAUAUCUUUCAGCCAGCAUCGGGUCUUACGAUGGCCCGCAAUCAAACAGCUUCUUCCGCCUAAUCUGUUAUCAGCAUCUGAGAAUUUAAUCCGCGACUAUCUCAUCGAACUCGAAACUCAUCGCCCUCCGCUUACAAUAAGUAUCAUUCCAUAUCCGCUCGACGCCGACGAACGAUGGCUCAGCAAGCUACCACUGUCUUUGAUCAAAGGUCUUGCCGAUGCUUAUUUCGCAGUGUUCAAUCGCAAUACUCCUGUUCUUGACAAAUUUCACUUCUUCACUUCGACCCUUGGUAUUGCCAUGGAAAACGACUUUGGGUACGAUAUCGAAACAUGUCUGGUCUUGAAUGUACUCACUUUAGGAUGCUUGGCUGUCAAAGCAUACCAAGAAGGGGAUUACAGCUUGCCAGGCCAAGGAUCCACAGACACCACCUACCAGUGUCCGGAAUGGCACGAAGUCUUUGCAGAAGACCCGCCUGGACUACGAUUUUUCAAUGAAGCACGCAAGAGAACUGGCUUUCUGCUGUGCGAUAACGACCUUCAGAAUGCUCAGUUCUAUGUGCUCUCUGGUGUCUAUUACACUCAAAUCGUCCGACCGAUUGACUCUUGGACCAUGUUCAAUCGAGCUGCCUUGUGCUGUCUGACCUUGCUGAAACGGAAUCAGUUUGGGGACUAUGACAGCUGGGAGGGAGACAUGAAGUCGAGGGUAUUCUGGAACAUCCUCAUGUAUGAGACAAUACUAAUUCAAGAGCUGAACCUGCCGUUGAGCGGGCUUGCGCACUACGAGGCGGACGUACCGAUCCCCAAGUUCACGCCCUUCCCUCGACCGCGAAUGGAAUCUGGACGUCUAGCAUCGCUGGAAGACGACUCAUUCUUCAACUUCCAUUUUCUUGCUCAGGUCGCCCAUCGGAUCAUCCUCACUCGGAUCAGGCACAGCUUGUACUUUUAUUCCGAGAAAGGAGACUUCCCACCACCUGCUAUCACAUCAGAGCUCCAGCACCAACUUGAUCAAUGGCGCACGAACCUUCCUCCAGCUCUACAGUUCGCCCUCGAUGAUGAUGACGCUGAGCGCCCACCAAGUCCAGCUCAUGUAGUAGCAAAAGCCAUGCUAAAGGGCCGUUAUCUUGUCGCAAAGUUCCACGCUAGUCGUCCGUUUCUCUACAAGGCGUUGCACUCCCCAAACCUAGCUACAGAUGGCGAUCUCUGGGUAGUCCAGGAUGGCUUGAAGGCGGCAAUGCACUGGCCAGCAACGAUAGGUCUCUGCCGACAGAUGAGAAGCUCGCAGCCUCUCAAGUUCGGAUGGUGCUCUCAAUUCUUCGGUCAGAUUCUACAGUUUUACGGUGUUGCGCACUGUUCUGAUCAAAGGCUGAGGCAGACGUUGCCAGUUGGAUGGGAAGAUUGGACGCAAGAGAUGAUGGAGAUGCUGGAGCAUUGCGCGCCGCUCAGUCCUGGGAUAGCGAAGGAUCUUGAGCUUUUGAGACUGUUGUAGCGUUGUAGCUUCGAUAUUGUACCACCCAUAGCAUGAAACUGCGUGACUUAGCAAAGUGAAAGAGAGCGCAAAGGUGGGCGUUAUUCCAAAAGAUGACUUCACUACUGAUCGCGCUACGGCACGGGAUCCUGAGAGAAGCUAGACGACGCCGUCUAGACUCAAGUUUAGUGGAGUACGUAUACCCGCAGUAGCGUCUUGACGCCAGCCGAACUUCUUCGCCUUUACUCAAUCGAGACAUUGGACUACGCGGCACCAAACGGUGAAAUUCAACAGAGGGAGGAACGGCCCCAAGCUAAUCACCAUCCCCCUGAAUGGUCACCAAUCUGGUGAUGCAAAGGCACCAGAUCUUUAAACCGGCUGAAAUACGACU